AUGUCAAAGUCACGCCGGCGGCAUGAUCGGAUCAAGCCCGGUGUUAGGAAGGAGCUGGUGGGUUUGCCGUCUCGCACUCUCACUCGCCCUCUCACUCUCACUCUCAUCCUCACUCUCAUCCUCACUCUCAUCCUCACUCUCAUCCUCACUCUCAUCCUCACUCUCAUCCUCACUCUCCCUCACCUCCCAAUCUCUUCUUCUCGCUUCUUCAAACCUACUAUGGCAAUGAAGCGCACGUGCAACCCGAGGCCUCACCCCAAGGACGACGCGCUUCUGGAACAGUUCGCUCUGGACUUCAACACCGACAACCGUACACGACACGACAUUGCCGCCGCCCGGGCCGCGCUCGAACGCCGCGACCGAACCACGACAUGGAUCACAUCUCAUCGCCGACAGGCGUUGGCGAAUGGAAGGUGGAAGCUCGGCAUCGACGAGCUGUAUGCGCGUUUCGGCGACCAGUCCCGGAGCGAGAGAUUCCUGAACGAACUACUGAAAGGGCAGAGUACGUUGAAGCGCGACACUUCGUUCGAGGCAUUGCGGACAGCGAUCGAGGAGGCUGCACACGCCCGGCGAGGGGACCUGGCGACGACGUGGAGGAACAGGAAGAGGAAGCCCUUUUCGCCUGCUGAUGUCCGGGAGGCCGUGCAGUCGAUGUUGAAGGGAGAAGAGAACGAUGAGCAGGACGAGCAGGACGAGCAGGACGAGGAGUACGAGCAGGGUGAGCAGGACAAGGAGGACAGGCAGAAAGGAAAUGGAGAAGAGGAAGACGACGACGCAUCUGCAGAAUUGGAGCGAGCAAGAUCCCCUGGCCAAGCCAUGUCUGAUCGCUCGUCUCCAAGUCCAUCUUCGGAUGCGAACGUCGGUGGUGGUGCUGGAGGUGAAGGUGAAGAUGGUGGUGAGACGGGCACGGAAAUGGGCGAGGACAUGGACGUGGACAUGGACAUCAACACCCCCGACGACACACCCGUCGCAUACUCCAAGACACGAGACGUCGCAUCGUCACGAGCAGUCACCGAGGAAGAAGGCGCGUCGACGUUGAUCAAGCUGGACUUUACCACCUGCACCUCACGGGAUGGACCGCUGAAUCCCACCUCGCUUCUUUCCUCUCCGCCGGACGCCAUCCGGUCCACUCUUACUACCCGCGAGCACUCUCCCACAAUACAAUGGCUCACCGCCAUCGCAAAAGGCGGAAGUGACGAAGAAGGGCUGCGGACCUCUUGCCGGCGCGUGGAUGACACCAGUGCAUACCCCAUUGAUAGCCGCACGUGUAUCCUGUACACGAACGAAGCGGGCCACAUUGUGGCAUGUGCGUACAUUGACAAGCGGAAGACUUGCCGCCUCUACCUGGCGGAAGAAACAGCAAUCGAUGUGGGCAACAUCAAGCAACAUCUGUCCCGCGAGAUGGAGAACGACGAAGACAUCGAAGUGGUCGAGUUCACACCAGUGAUCACGACAUUCCCCCACUAUGCCGUUGUUAUCGCAGCGACGUGCAUGUGCAUACAUCGUCCAGUCCCGGACGACAUUGUAGCGUUUUCACCCAUCUGGUCACACGCGAUCACCACGUUGGCUUCUGGUACCGCCGACGGCGACAACGAUCCAGGCGCUGCCCUUGCGACCGUCGCCGACGUAUUGCCAUCUACCGCCGAUGUCAUCUCUACCAUCUCCCAGCCCAACAGCUCUAAAAAGGGCGGUCGAGUUACCAAAACCGCGGAGGAAAUCCGUUACCACAAUAAGUUGAGCAAGUUGAUUUGCGAAGCUCUGGACGCCAAAGCGGCUCUCGCGGAGGCCCUCCUUGCCGAUGUCGCGCUCAUUACCUACCUUGCUUCCUUUGCCUUGGACCGCUCUGGCGGCGCUGAAAAUCAGUUCGACGGCGACGUACAAGAGGAGAUUGUGUCCUUCGAAGCUUCGCUUGCUGCUCAGCGCGGUCUCACGCAAACUCGAACUACCGAAACUACGAUCACCCAAUUGGAGGCGCAGCUGCGAAGGCUCAAAGGGAGCCAGCCCGAAACUCUCAAUGUGCGUCUGCGGGUGGUCCAAAAGCAUAUGCGUCACCUGGCAGGUUUCAUCGCCGCACGACGUACCGAGUAUGGGAUGGAAAAGUCGGAGUUUGCGUGGCGUUGA